GCACAUCGUGUUGCCCAGAGCGGCGAGGAACGGGGCCAUGUCCGCGGGCAGCUUGUGGCCCGGCCUGCUCAUCGCGCUGGGCUCCCUGUGCCCCCAAGGCUCACCCUGCGGCCUCUCCACACACAUAGAGAUAGGACACAGAGCUCUGGAGUUUCUCCACCUUCAAGAUGGGCACAUUAAUUACAAAGAGCUGUUGCUCGAACACCAGGAUGCAUAUCAGGCGGGAGCUGUGUUUCCCGAUGCGUUUUACCCCAGCAUCUGCGAAAGAGGGCAAUUCCAUGACGUGUCCGAGAGCACCCACUGGACCCCAUUUCUGAAUGCAAGCAUUCAUUACAUCCGAGAGAACUAUCCUCUUCCCUGGGCGGAGGAUACGGAGAAAUUGGUGGCGUUCCUGUUGGGAGUCACCUCUCACAUGGUGGCCGACGUCAGCUGGCACAGCCUGGGGAUCCCGCAAGGGUUCCUCAGGACAAUGGCAGCUGUUGACUUUCAUGGCUCCUAUUCUGAGGCGCAUCCAGCUGGUGACUUCGGAGGAGAUGUUUUGAGCCAAUUCCAAUUUAAUUUUAAUUACCUUGCACGGCACUGGUAUGUGCCGGUGGAAGAUCUACUGGAAAUUUAUAAGAAGCUCUAUGGGCGAGAAGUCAUCACCAAAAGUGCAAUCGUUGACUGUACAUACCUUCAGUUCUUGGAAAUGUAUGGUGAGAUGCUAGCUGUUUCCAAGCUGUAUCCCACUUAUUCCAGAAAGUCCCCAUUCUUGGUGGAACAAUUCCAAGAAUAUUUCCUGGGGGGCCUGGAUGACAUGGCGUACUGGUCCACGAACAUCUACCGCCUGACGAGCUUCAUGUUAGAGAACGGGACCAGCGGCUGCAGCCUGCCCGAGAACCCCCUGUUCAUCGCGUGUGGCGGCCCGCAAGCCGGCGCCCCGGGCAGCUCAAAAGUACAGAAAAGUGAUUUCCAUAGGAAUUUGACUGUAUCCCUAACUAAAGAGGUUGAAAAAAAUAUAAACUAUACCAAAAGAGGAGUGUUCUUCCGCGUGGAUUCCUGGACAUCGGACUCCCUUACUUUUAUGUACCAGGCGCUGGAGAGGAACAUACGGACCAUGUUCACGGGCAACUCUCAGCAGUCGCUGAAGCACGUCUCCAGCCCCCUGGCGUCUUACUUCCUGUCUGUUCCCUACGCAAGACUCGGCUGGGCGAUGGCCUCGGCUGACCUCAAUCAGGACGGGCACGGUGACCUGGUGGUGGGCGCCCCCGGCUACAGCCGCCCCGGCCACAUCCAGGUGGGGCGCGUGUACCUCCUCUACGGCAACGACCUGGGCCUGCCCCCCGUCGACCUGGACCUGGACAAGGAGGCCCACGUGGUCCUGGAGGGCUUUGAGCCCUCAGGUCGGUUCGGCUCGGCCUUGGCGGUGCUGGACUUCAACAAGGACGGGGUGCCCGACCUGGCCGUGGGGGCCCCAUCCGUGGGCUCGGAGCGGCGCACCUACAGAGGUGCCGUGUACGUCUACUUUGGUUCCAACCGAGGCAGGAUGUCUUCUCGCCCCAACGUCACCAUCUCCUGCCAGGACACCUACUGUAACCUGGGCUGGACGCUCCUGGCCGCCGACAUGGAUGGAGACGGCGCGCCCGAUCUGGUGACGGGCUCCCCCUUCGCCCCCGCGGGAGGGCAGCAGAAGGGCUUGGUCGCCGCGUUUCACUCCCACCCCGACAGGAGCCACACAGGAACGCUGGACGUGGAGGCGGCCGACUGGACGGUGAGGGGCGAGGAGGACUUCUCCUGGCUCGGCUACUCCCUGCACGGGCUGCGCGCCGGCCACAGGGCCCUGCUGCUGGUCGGCAGCCCCACCUGGAAGAACAGCAGUGGUCUGGGCCACUUGUACCGCACUCAGGAUGAGAAGCAGAGCCUGGGACGCGUGUAUGGCUAUUUCCCGCCAAAUUGCAGAAGCCAGUUGACCAUUUCUGGAGACAAGGCAAUGGGGAAGCUGGGUACUUCCUUGUCAAGUGGUCACGUGAUGGUGAACGGCACCCGGACGCAGGUGCUGCUGGUAGGCGCCCCGACGCACGAUGAGAAGUCUAAAAUGGCGUUCCUGACCAUGACCUUGCACCAGGGUGGCACCACUCGGAUGUAUGAACUGACGCCAGACACGCAGCCGCCUCUGCUCAGCACCUUCAGCGGAGACCGCCGCUUCUCCCGAUUCGGUGGCGUUCUGCACUUGAGUGACCUGGAUGGCGAUGGCUUGGAUGAAAUCCUCGUGGCAGCCCCGCUGCGGAUAACAGACGUCACCUCCGGGCUGCUGGGAGGGGAAGACGGCCGGGUGUACGUGUACAAUGGCAAACAGACGACCGUCGGCGACGUGACGGGCAGAUGCCGGUCCUGGGCAGCUCCGUGUCCUGAGGAGCAGGCUCAGUACGUACUGAUUUCUCCUGAAGCAAGUUCAAGGUUUGGGAGCUCUGUGAUCACCGUGAGGUCAAAAGACAAGAACCAAGUUGUCGUUGCUGCUGGAAGGAGCUCGCUGGGAGCCCGACUCUCCGGGGCGCUUCACGUCUACAGCCUCGGCGGAGACUAAGGGCUUCACUGUCUCUCGUGACGGCGGCUGGCGGGGGGGGGGGGGGGGGGGGGGGGGGGGGAGCGUCCUGGGGACAAGGGAGACAAGGGAGCCCCGGGAGAGCCUGCCGGAGCCGGAGGCGGGGCUCCUGGGAGCGGUGACCGGUGCUCCGCGUAGCCGCCCCCCCUUCCAGAGGCUCAGUCCCCGCUCCCCUUGCAUGUCACCUGAGCCCCAGCUGCGUGCCUGUGCGCGACCUCUGGACCACAUCCCCCUCCUCACAGGACGAGCGCGGCCUUCCUGCUGCCUGGGACGGCGCCUCUCCUUCCCAGGAGGCAGGAAACCCUGUCACAGUUGCUCCUGAAAACGUCCUUUUAAAAAUGGUGGCCCAUUCCAAUCAAAGCGCAAUAGUAUAUAGGAAAGAAGCUAGAGAAACAGCAGUGAGAAGUCGGGGGGUGAAGGAUAACCUCCACCUCCACAGUCACCCGUGCGAAGCGGUUCGGCCCCUUGCCGUGAGGCUGGCUGCGCGGAGUCGCCUACAGUGAGGGCUAAACGCGAGCCUCAGGCCUCCUCACCCCUCGGGGCCCUCACGUGCGCGGGUAGGAGCGGCCGUGCUGACUGGCAGAGCAGUAGGGACCCUUGUUCUAGGUCCUUCCAGAGGAGCUGCUCUCGCGUUGCGCUGCUACACGCUGUGCAGAAAGGGAGGUCUGGCCUGAGCCAGUGGCCGCCGCGAGGGAGCGAGGGAGCGAAGCCAGCCGUGCUCUGUCUGGUUCUGGUGCCCGCAGCGCCGCACCCUGAGGGGAGGGGACUCCAGCACGGGCCUUUGGCUUCCCUACGCGCUGACCCCGUGACAGGGAAGAGCACUGGUGAGUAAGGUCAGGAGCCCCUCUCAGCUUCUUAGAGGCGGAGGAGAGACUGGUGCAGGGAAGCAGGAAUCCAGCAGAAGCGUAAAGGCUGAAUCAGAACUCCAGGGAAAGCUACGGGAGUUAAGUGUGGGCCCAGGUGAGUACACACAGGGAAACAAAGGACACCGUCACCUCUGGAUGCCUCCCGCGACUGUCAUCGCUCCUGAAGAGGUAUGCCAGCUGCACGGUUCCCUAGGGAACAGCAGAAAGCACAAAUCCGUUUCGUUCCACUUGGGUAACAAUUAUCGGUAGCUCCCUUAUGUGCAUUGCUUUUAGUUAAAGGGAAAUUUAGUUGAGGGGCCAGAACUUAGUUGCUGUAACACAAGGUGAGAAGUCCAAGUGUGACAGACUCCUGUGUAGUACCGGACCUUUCCUGACGAGCAUGCGUGCCUUCACACUGCCAGCGCUGUGCAGUGUCCACACUUCACUGACAAGGAUCGUGUUUCAACACAGGCUCUAUUUACCUAACGAUUUCCGUUUUUCUUAAUGUCUACAGAUACUGGGUGGAGAAGGUUAAAAUUUUUACGGUUGGAGACAAGUUUUCGUGUAGGGUUUUAUGUAGGACAUUUACCCAUAUUAAUCCCAUAUUCAGAAGUGCUUAUUUGUAUUCCUACUGUCGAAGGUCAAGCUGGCAUAGAAGUCUCCUGCGUAACGUGGCUACAUUCUCACUCUACUACUAACUGGUUCUCAGCACGGAUUCUGAAAUGCGUAACGAAACACCUUGUAGGGUUUUAAUCAUUAACUCAAAUCUGAAAUAAUUUAUCUGUUACCCUAAUUGCAAGUAUGUACAUGUGUUUUGUUUUCCUAUUACCUGUAUAUGUAACAACUUGCUUCAAGAGCAGAAUGGUUUUAUGCCUUUGAACCACAGGUCUAACAAGGUCUGGAGUUUGGGAAUAAACUCCGGUCUCUGAAGGCCCCAGACCAGGCACCACCCCCACAGGUACCGCUGAAAUAACGAAAGUAAAUCCGGAAACUAAAGUGUGUUUAAGAUUGUAAUUCCAAAAAAAUAAAGCUGUACACACCUCUUAG